AUCUGUGGAACAGGAAGGUUUUUUUUUUCUUUUCGCUUGAAGCAGCGUCUCUGUGGUGGAAACAUUGCACGGGGAAGUUGCAGCGGUUAGUGGUCAUCUGGAAGAGAGAUAAAGUGGACUGUGCCAUUGCUGGUGUAUGAAAUGGAGAUGAACCAGGCUGUUCUGGAGUGUCUAAAGCAGGAGUUUAAAUGUGAAGAGGAGGACACCUCAGGUGGCAGGAUUAAAGAAGAGGAUUGGGAGAAUACAACUGUGCAGAAUGGCCUGAUUUUCUUGAAUAACACGGAGAAAGGAAAUGUGGUCAUUAAAAAAGAGGACGAAGAAUAUGUCAGUGUUAAAAAAGAGCCGGAGCAACAAUCUGACGGGACUGAUUUAGAGAAACCUGAAAUUUUGAACAGAGUCAAGGAAGAGGACCUUAAAUCGGAGCCAUUUUUUUCAGAUGAAGCAGUAGCAAGUUUAGGGUCCCCCCAAAAUGGACUCUGUUCACUACAAGAUCAUUCUGUCCAGGAGAAAAUAGAAUCAUUGGAGCAGGACGUGAAGAAGACAGAGAAGACGUCAUGUUCUGAAGAAUAUGGUGUCUCCCCAUCUUCAUUUGCUCAAAUGGCUCUUCAAGGCAUGACAGAAAAGGUACUAAAUGUUGGAAAUAUGGGCCAACUGACAUCUGGAUCAGAAGAUUCCACACCAGUCGUCUUGAAGAAUAUCUCUUUGCCUGUUAUUAAGCUGACAAGGAUCGAGGAUGACAUCUCUCUGCAAGUGCACAAUACAAAUUCAGAGAGAAAUUGCAGAAAUCAGCAAAUGACUUUUAAAGGCAAACAUAAUUCUAAACAUCAUAAGAGAUGUGCUAAGAGUAAAAAGCCACACUGUUGCUCCAAAUGUGGCAAACAAUUCUCAUUCAAAAGCAGUCUUAAUAGACACUCAAGAAUCCAUACUGAAGAAAAGCCAUACUGCUGCUCUGAAUGUGGCAAACAAUUCUCCUUUAAAAGUGAUUUUCAAAGGCACAUCACAAUUCACACUGGAAAGAAGCGUCACUGCUGUACUGAAUGUGGUAAACGAUUUACUGACAGGCGCAGUCUUCACCACCACAGUAGUAUUCACACUGGAGAGAAGCCAUACUGCUGUUCAGAAUGUGGCAAACGAUUUAUUGACCGACGCAGUCUUCAAACGCACACUAGAGCUCACACUGGAGAGAAGCCAUAUUCUUGUUCUAAAUGUGGUAAACGAUUUGCUCUCAAAGAAAGUCUUCCGAUCCACGCUAGAAUUCACACUGGUGAGAGGCCAUUCUGUUGUUCAGAAUGCGGCCAACAAUUCAUUUGCAAACGCGCUCUUCAGAAACACAGAAGGACAGAAGGACACACAAAGGGGAGAAGCCAUACUGAAUGAGACAAAUGGUUUUCACAGUCAGGCAAUCUUGAUAUACAUGUAAGAGUUCUCUGUGUGCCAACUAAAAAUGUGCCAUUGAUCACAUUUAUCUCAUUUCAAGUUGUCUAAAAUGUCCCCAGGGCAAAACUCAAGCCAACCUGGAAGCACUAUCAUCUCUCUCUGAAAAGACUGUGCCAUGUGUUUUGGGAAUGUACUACAUUUGCACCAUUUUGGACAAAAGUCUUUACACAUUUGUCAGACAGCUUUGGUGUCACAAUCACUUAUAAGCCAUUAACGGCUAUUUUUGGUGUAAUCCAAGACUGAAUUAUAGUUCAUAGUAAUAAAUCGACAGUAAUAUCCUGUACUUCAUUACUAGCAAGUAGACUUACCAUGGUGAACUUAAAGAAUUAACUCCAUGAGCAAGUGGCAUUCUUUAUUAUCUCAAAUUACAAAAAACAAAUUUCUCUCCUACAGGAUGUGUCCAAAACUUUUUGAAAAAAUCGGGAGUGCUCUCCCCUAGACUUUCUCGUAUACUCAGAUAUGGGGAUGGAUAUUUGAGGAGUGAACCACAAGACAAUGAUUAUAUUUUUAUAUUAUGUACAUUAAAGAACCAUCAACAACAAAUCAAGUCAAAUCAAUAAUAUAUUGAACAAUUAUUAUAAAAGUAAAGUUGAAUAAAUCAGACACUGCAGCUGCAUUAAUUAAAAAAUGUACCAAUUCCAGUUAGCGGAAAUAGCUGAAAUGUUGAUAGAAAUCUACAUUUUGUGCCUAAUAUUUGAAUGAAAAAUUUGGUUGACCUAACAGAAAGCGUACUCAAGUUAUUGUGUAUGCAUACACACAGACACGCAGACAUACUUCCAAAAAUGUUUUUUUUCGGACUCAGGGAGGUCUAAAAUAAUGAGAUUCAUCAAAAUCUCAAGGUUGAAUUUUUGGAUGAUUACAAUACUUUCCCUAUAAUUCGUACACAAGAAAGUAAAAAACAUGGCAAGAGCUCAUUAAUAUUAUUUUGGAAUAAGAAUGCUUGACUUGAAUUGCCUGAUAGCAGUAUGCAGAAAAGAACCCCAGAGAUGCUUCUUAGCACACCAUGGUGGAAUGAGCCUGCGGCUAAAAGUGCUUCCUUUAUAAAGAGCGCCUCCUGCAGGGAAUUUUUCAUGAUGGCAUCCAAUUUUUCCACCACCAUCCUUUCCAGAGCAGUUUCCAGUGUGUCCAGGGGCCUCAUUUCUAACGC